CAUUACUUAAUGAUGAGGGAAGGAGACACAGGCAGGUUUUUAAAUGACACAGGGAAGGGAGGAGGGAGUGCGGGAGAUUAAGUGAGCUCUACUCCGUUUGCAAUACAUUGCCAAGCACCACAGGAUGUUUGUCAAGCAGCACUCUUUUUUGGGAUGAAGAGGAAGUCGGUAGAGAGGGGACCGCCAACUUGUUUUCAGGGAAAAGGCGAAAUAAGUGUAUUAUCCCUGGAGUGGUGCGGUUGGAGGAUCCGAGAAGGACAUAAGGAUUAGUCAUCAGCUCACUGAAGGGAUGCAGCUUCUAAAGAAAGAAAACAGAAAAGGAAGCCUGGAAAGUUGGAGAUUUGCGUAAUUAAGCUUUUUAUUUUGGAUUUUCUUUUUCCUUUAUUCCUUGUUGGGGGGAGGAAAAUGGGAUUAACUAAGCGAGUUAAACUGGUGUCUUCCCCGGAGGUGGUGUGAACCUGAUCUCUGAGAAGAAUCGUCUCCUAAAGGAUGAACCCAACAGACCUGAUGUCCAGAACCAGGUGGUGUUCAGGCCUUUUCCUCCUGAUGCUCUGCCUCCUCCGUGGUUCCCAUCAGACCUGUCCACCUAUGUGUCUCUGCAUAUCGGACACAGUCAGCUGUAGCGCUAGCGGUCUAGCUAGACCACCUCGAUCUCUGCCUUUCUUCUCUGUCACCCUUGACCUCAGCUACAACCAUUUAUCCUGGCUGGGUUCAGACGGCUUCAGCAUGAUGCCAAGACUGGAAAACCUCUGGAUGGCCCGCAACCAGAUCCGAACCCUGAGACAUGGUGCGUUUGGCAACAUCUCUGGGCUCAGGCUGCUUGACCUCUCCUCCAACCAGCUUCAUGUGGUGGAGCAGCAUUACUUCCAGGGGCUGUGGAGGCUGGAGGAGCUCCGUCUCUUCAAUAAUAAGAUCACACAACUAGAGGCCAGCAUGCUGAGUGGUCUGAGUAGCUUGAAAAAGGUCUACUUCAGCCUGAACCAGAUCACACACUUCCCAUUUUUCUCUAUCAAAGACCACAGCCACCCGUUCCUGGCUAUGCUCGACCUCUCCUCCAACCGAAUGACCCGUCCUCCAUGGGAGGACGUGAAGGCGUUGCCCCGGCUCGUGCAGCGGGGGUUGUAUCUCCACAACAACUCCCUUGUGUGUGACUGCUCCAUGUACAGCAUGUUUUGGCACUGGAGUCUGAGGGAUUACAACUCGGUGAAGGACUUCAUCGAUGAGCACACCUGCAACAUUAAUGGGGACCCACGAGCAUCCAUCCGUUUCCUCCGUUACAACCGCUUUUUCCACAACUGCAGUGUGGAGAAAGCGAUCAUGCAGCCCGUGACAGUCCUCCUCUCUGAUGUGGAGGUUUCGGAGGGGGGCAGAGUGCAUUUGGACUGCCAAACAUCUCUGAGUGGCGCAGAUCUCUCAUUUACGUGGCUCUCCCCGAACAGGGGCUUCAUCACUCCAAACGGCUUUAAUGACUCUCUAAUUAGCAUGUUUUUUAAUGGCACCUUAGAGGUCCACGCCGCCACAGUCAAUGACUCAGGUCUGUAUCUGUGCACAGCUGUGGACGCUAGACAGGCUCUGAAUGCCACUCGGGAGGUGAAUGUGACCGUGCUGUCGCCUUUGGCAGAGCCAUUCAACACCGGUUACACAACACUGCUAGCCUCCACAGUGACUUUGCUUCUCAUCCUUUUGUACCUCCUCCUGACUCCGUGUCAUUGCAGAUCGUGUAAAAGGCCCACAGCAGCCUACAUUCACAGCACCGUGUCAUCUGUUUUCCCAUCCUCCAUAAAGGACCAGCCUAAAAUUGAGACUUUAAAGCAGGUAGCAUUCAUAGAGUCAGUGAUAAGCGAUGAAAGAACAGGGUGGAUGCCUCAAGGUUGAUGCUGAGCAAAGUUUUCUUUUCUGUUUGGUUCUUUUUCUUUAAAUAGAAAGAAGGCCAUUUUGAAACAAACAAAACCUCUUACCAAGAACGGAGCUGUGAGAUGUUAUCGGGUGGUGAUGCUGUAAGGAAGAAACAAAAAGGGGAAUCGCAUGUUUCUUUCUAAACUGUCUGCUGUGUAUCCCGAACAAAAAGAGCAAUCUGCUGUACCAAUUCUUCUUUUCUGUCUCGCGUCCAGGUAGUCGAUAUAAAACUUUCACCCCUGGUUUAUUAUCCCUGCUGUGGAGCUAUUAUCAGUCCAAGAAAUCAGCUAAUAACUUCUUUUUUGUACCCUGGCAUGACUCUAAGAGGUAUAUUUCUUUUGGGACUAGAAUGAACGUGGUUCACUUUUCACAUAAAGAGUUUAGUGUGGAUUAAAGCUCCUGAGGUGAGAGCGACUCGUGGACUGCAGAGAGAACAGAGUCAAAUUCACAGCUGCUCCAGAAAUGAUUGGACGGAGAUGCACCAGCUGGAGUUUAAACUGAUUUAUUUGUCAUGUUGUAGUUUGUGUAAAAGUUAUAAAUAAUUAUCUCACCUUCUGUAGAUAACCUUCUGAACAGCCUGUGUUUGGAGAAAUAAUGUUCAUGUCCUACUGGACUUAAACAGCUCCUAUCUCCUAAACGUCAUGGCUGUCUGCUACAUUAUUCUUCAAGCCUUUGCCUUAGUUCAGUUUCACUUUACGUGCUCAUUUACAGGCAGCAGCAGUGAAAAAUAGAACAGCCAGCUCAGCAGGUGUUUUCUGAUUACUCUUCUAAAAUAAGAGCGUAAUAUUAAAACAAUGGUGAAGCACAAAUGUAUACGAUCGCAUGGCGACUGAAUUAUUUAUUCACUUGCUCACUAAUACAUUGAAGAUGUAAUGUUUCAAUUAAUUAUGUCAUUUUUUUCUUUAUAUUAGACAUAAAAGGGUCUAGAAUGUUUGUCUUAAAGUGACACCGAGCAGUCUCCUGUUCCCCGCCCUACUGGUUGAAAGUGGAAUUACAACUGCCGUAAACAACUCUGCUGUAGCUAUCGCUAACAACAUGCUAACAUGAGCCAUCUAAAACAGGGCUGCCAACUCUCACGCACUGAGCGUUAGACACACGCAUCUGACCCUCGUCGCAUGCCUCUCAAGAUAAAAAUCACGAGGCGCUUCACAAAUAUAUAAUUUAAUAUAAUAUUACAUUUAUUUGAUAUUUGAUAUUUAAUAUAAUUUAAACAUAUAGCAAGCAUCUGCUGUUGCAUGUAUGUCUAUUUUUAUCCUUUAAACUUUCCUCCAUUUCUUAAUAAAGGAUUCUGUUUCAGAUUAA